CGCGGUCCACCUCCCUCCCAGAGAUCAGCUGUCCGGAGUGUGACCAGGGGGCAUGCCGGAUCCACCAGGGGCGCCGCCGCCUGCUCUCGCAGGCCGCGGAUGAAGAAGAAAGCACGGCCUCUCUCGGCCCGGAGCGAAGAGGUGACCCGGAGCGAAGAGGGGUCCCGGAGCGAAGAGGCGGUCGGAAGCGAAGAGGUGGCCCUGAGUGAAGAGGUGGCCCGGAGCGAGGAAAUGGCGGCAGCCGGGCUCAGCGUAACCGUCACCCACAGCAAUGAGAAGCACGAUCUUCAAGUUAUCCCGCAAGAGGGCUGUAGUGAACCAAUUGUCCAAGACCUGGCCCAGGUUGUUGAAGAGGCCACAGGGGUCCCACUGCCUUUUCAGAAACUCAUAUUUAAGGGAAAAUCUCUGAAGGAAAUGGAGACGCCAUUGUCAGCACUUGGAAUACAAAACGGUUGCCGGGUCAUGUUAAUUGGGAAAAAGAGCAGUCCAGAGGAAGAAGUUGAACUAAAGAAGUUGAAAGAUUUGGAGAAGUCUGUGGAGAAGAUAGCUGACCAUCUGGAAGAGUUGAGUAAAGAACUUACUGGAAUCCAGCAGGGUUUUCUGGCCAAGGAUUUGCAAGCUGAAGCUCUCUGCAAACUCAACAGGAGAGUAAAAGCCACAAUCGAGCAGUUUAUGAAGAUCUUGGAAGAGAUUGACACACUAGUUCUGCCAGAAAAUUUCAAAGACAGUCGAAUGAAAAGGAAGGGUUUGGUGAAAAAGAUUCAGGCGUUCCUAGCUGUGUGUGAUACAGUGGAGCAGAGCAUCUGCCAGGAGACGGAGCGACUGCAGGCCACAAACUUGGCCCUGGCUGACUGAGGAUCACAGCAGACAAGGAUGAGACCACUUCCUCAGGAACCGUAAUGUACCCUUCAGGAACCCUGGCCCAGUCCAGACUCCCUGCUGAGCUCUGCCCACCCACCCAGUGUACAGUGCGGGGGAGGUCCCAGGGCUCCCUGGGCAUAUCCUUCUACAGCUUUUCCCUCUGUACACCCUCCCCCGGGCGGUUUCAGCUUCCUGGGCUUUCAACCACCUCUGCAUGCUGUUGGCCACAAAUCUGUCUCUGGCCUGGACCUCUGUCUUAGACUCCAGGCCUGUUCAUGUGAUUGUCUGUUGUACAUCACCGCUGGGAUGUCCCAGAGGCUCCACAGUCCACGAACAUCAUUGCCCCACAAACCUGCCACACACACCUGCCCCCCGCCACAUGGCACCACCAGCCACCCAAGCCUGCAAAUUAGAAACCAGCAUGUUGCUCUUGCUUCCUUCCUGCCUGUCAACCCCUCUCCAAUCUCACAGCUUGUCGAUUCUACGCCCAAUGUAACCAUGAGUCUUUAAUUAUCAUGAUCGUUUUCCAAGUUAGGACAGUCCAUCUGUCUAGAGUAUUGCAGCUUCCAAAGACUUUCUUCUCUUCUGUGUUCUCACUUAGCUCUGGCCAGCUCAAGGUCUUAUGAAUGAAGAAAUGAGACCAAAUAGGAGAUCCGAUGUACCAAGGUCAUGUUCUGGUCCUGCUCGCUCUAGACUCAUUUCUUGCCUCUCCCCCAUUCUCCUUUAAAUGAGAAUGUACUCCAGCAUACCCACCUUCUUAUAUUUCCUCAAAUAUAAACUUUCUUUCCCUUCUAGAUCUUUCCAAACUCAUUUCUCUACUUGGAAUUACCUUCCCUUGUUUCUUCUUUUUCCUACCUAAUUUCUACUUAUCCCUCAGGGCUGAGCUGAGGUGUCACCUCCCCUGGGAAGUCUUCCCUGCCUUGUCCUUGCCUGGUACCCACAGUACCCUGUGCGCCCCCAUCUGGGCCUUUAGCAUUCUGUGCUGCCGUUGGCUGACCUUCAGCUUGGCUUCCCCCCCUUAGACUGACUGUUUGCCCCAGGAGCCGGUAAUGCUGUCUAGCUUAUUAUGCCCUGUUGUAUCCCCAGUGCCCAGCUCACAGUAGGUGUUCAAUAAAUAAUUGUUGGCUGGAGGAAUAAAUGAACAAAUAAGGUCACCUAGUCAGUCAGGGGCAGAACAAGGAAAAGAGCCCAGAGUUUCUACCCGAACCCCGAACCCCCCACCAGUUGGCUUUCUGCUUGGAACCAUGUGCCUUCUUUUGAUUUAUA